CACGAUACCUACGAUAUUAUACGUUACGAUUAUGACGAUCUCCGGAGACGAAAUCGUUCUUCGAUCGCCUUUGGUCCGCUGACGUGAUAAUAAUAACACACAAACAAAAUAUAAUAAUUUAUAAAUAACAACAAUAUUAUUAUUAUUGUGAUGACGCACAAUCGUCGGAGGUUCGGGGCGGCGUAUUCGAUAGCGACCGACCGGAAAACGGUGUUUACGAGUCUGCAGUCGGCGACGGGUACCUGUAAUCUGUUUAUACAGUAGUUCCGGACUCGGCACACCUAACCACUAUCACACUUCUCCCUACGAUUUACAUUAAUAACAACAACAACAACAACAACAACAACGGCAACAGUAAUAGUAAUAAUAAUAAUAAUAAUGAUAAUUAAUGGAUAAUGUGCUUAUCAGACUUCGUGAUUAUGCAACAAUAUCGUUCGAUCAUAUUAUUAUUAUUAUUAUGGUAAUAAUUAUUGCUCACUCAAGUCUGUCGUAGCAGCACUACUAUGUACUGUAGUUGUCCGUGCAAUACAUUGUAAGCGCGUACGUAAUAUCAGUGUUUUUACGCGGUAGACGAGGCGUCAUGUUACACAUUAUUAUUUCAUCGUAUCUCAAUGACACCGCCGCACACGUUUCGCCUUCACGAUAAAAAACUACCGAGCUGAUAAUAAAAAGAUGUUACGCAAUCACCGUUACCGUACGAAAUGUGUUUUCGGCUGGUUCGAUCCGUUUCCGUCACGCCGUGAGCCGAUCUCGAUUGUCAUUCGCACCCGACCAGCAGCGACUACCUGACGGACGAUCGUCGCGACCGGACACCGCCGUUUAACCGCCAAAGCGUGUGCGUUGGAUUCCCGCGGUCGUUGUUUUUUUUUUCUCGUUUUUCGCGACCGCCGUUACCGAUCAGCGUUAUAAGAUUACGAAUAUUAUUAUCACGUACGCCCAAUAACCGCCGUCGCCGUCGCCGCCGCCGCCGCCGCCGACGAUCCGGACACCGACGCCGCGUCUCUCGAAUUGUUAUGUGAACUCCGAGUUGUGUCUGUAUACAGGUGUUCCAGUGCCAGAAGAGGAGACAUAACUCGUAGAUGGAUACAAUAGCAAGGAGAAGCGGUAGAACAAACGAUGCAACUAAUACCACAGCCAAUGUUUGCCGAUUAUGACAUACUAUUGGCUUGCGGGCUGCUCAUAUUCUGGUGCGGUUAUUGGCUGGUGCACAUAAGUGCAAUAUGCUACGGGAAGUAUAAACUCUACAGAAAGCCCAAACCAGAAUCAUCUGUUCAGUCGAUACCGUCUCUAGUAUCUUUAGAACAUGGUUUGCCGAGAAAUACCAAAAAGCAAUAUCCGGGUGUUAGUAUAUUGAAACCAUUAUUGGGCGUUGAUCCCAAUUUAUUUGUCAACUUAAGCUCAUACUUUCAGAUGGAAUAUCCGACGUAUGAAGUACUAAUAUGCGUGGUCGAUCAGAAUGAUCCUGCUGCGAUGGUAGCUAAUCGGCUGUUGGAAAUGUAUCCAUCAGUAGAUGCUCGACUUUUUUUAGGUGGUUCUCAAGUAGGUGUUAAUCCGAAAAUCAAUAAUGUACAUGCAGCAUACCAAGCAGCCAAGUACUCUUUGAUACUUAUAUCAGAUAGUUCAAUAAAAAUGAAAAAAGAUACACUUAGUGAUAUGGUUGAUAAUAUGGCUGAUGAUGUUGCAAUUGUACAUCAAGUACCAUUUACGUGUGAUCGAAUUGAUAAUAGAACUGAGCCUAUGACUUCACCUUUGUCAAAUAAUACGACAGAUCCUUCAUCAUUUUUAAAAUUAGAUGGAAAAGUAGAAUACCAAUAUCAAACUCGUAAACAACGACGUUUUGUUUCUACUUUAGAAAAAGUAUUUUUUGGAACUGCUCAUGCACGUGUGUAUUUAAUGGCUGAUCUUGUAGGUGCUAUAUGCCAUACAGGUAUGUCAACACUAUUGCGUAAGCAAGCAAUGGAUGAAUGUGGUGGUUUGCAAGCAUUUGCAAGUUAUCUUGCUGAAGAUUAUUUUAUGGCCAAAUUUGUUGUUGCCCGAGGUUGGCGUACUACUAUAAGCAGCCGACCUGCAUUACAAAAUAAUGGAGGCAGUGAAUUAAGUAAAUUUCAAGACCGUCUUAGAAGAUGGGUCAAACUUAGGAUAGCUAUGGUACCACACACAAUUGUAUUGGAACCAUUAUCUGAAUGUUUAAUUUUAGGAGCCUGUGCUGCAUGGGCAGCAAACACACUUUCUGGGGGUUCAAUUGAUCCUUAUGCAUUCUACAUGAUACAUGUGCUUGUUUGGUUUUUGUUAGAUUGGAUUCUCUUAAAUGUAAUGCAGAAUGGUCCUUUGCCGUUUACAAAAUUCGAGUAUUUAGUUGCUUGGUUGUAUAGAGAAUUCAUGGGACCAUACCUGUUUUUAACAGCACUCUUAUGGCGCCCAUCAGUUGUUACAUGGACCACACGGCAAUAUCGACUACGCUGGGGUGGUCUAUCAGAAAUUUAUAACCAACAAUCAACAAGCUCCAGCUCAGAUUCCAUAACUGCCACAGUGCCUAUAGCAACUACUACCAGUGUCACUUAUGACACAACUGUGCCUAAUAAUUACUGUAGUACUCACCAGCAGCAACCUCCAAAUGGUAUUGGGUUCACAUCAAAAAUUAAAGUUUAAAAAACAGCAAAUAGCUACUUACAAACUUUUUUACGAAUUUAUUUUUAAAAUUAAGAUAAUAAUUUACCUCCAAUAUAUGUGUAACCGAUAUUUAUUAAAAAUACAAUGAUCUGGAUAAAUAUUUUUGAUGUCACGUGCCUUUUGAAAAAUCUAUGUAUAAAACUGUAAUAUACAAUGUUAUAAUUUUGUAAUUAAAAUAAUAAUAAAAAAAAUAUAUGUAAUAAUAUACUUACAGUAUGUCCAAAGAUAGAAGCGAUGUACAAUAUUUUUGAGGAAUAAUAUUCAAUAUGAAUUUUGGUUUUUUUCAUAAUGAUAAUUGUAAUACACAUUUUAGAAAUAAUUUUGUUAUUUGCGCAUGUGCUCAAAAAAAAUUUUUUUUAAAUGUUUUAAUGAUAAAUCAGAACAUGCUUAAUUUUUAAGUUUCAUUGAUUUAUUAUACUUCCUUUGAAAUUUGAAAUGAAAUGAAUGAAACCAAGUUAUAAGUAUUCAAUAUAGUCUAUUUACUUAACAUAUUUAUUAUUGAAAUAUAUAUAAUUAGUGGUUUCCAAUAUUUUUUCAUUAAAAAAAAAUAACUUAAAACAUUAAUAAACAUUAACAUUCAUAAUUUUUUUUUUUUUUUUGAUAAUUUAAUGACUAAUUAGUAUUAUUAAUGUACAACUUUAAUUACCUACUUAAUGUAGAAUAUUCUAAAAUAUUAAGUUUUGUAUAUUUAGCCUUAUGCCUAAAAUUGACUCAGUCAAUUAUACCAAAUCAAAUAAAUCCGGAUUAUAUGAGAUGAAACUAUUGGUAACUUAAAAAUGUUAGUGUGUUCAAAUUUGUAAAAACAGCAUUGCUAUUAAAAA